UCUGCGUGAUAAAAGAAAAUUUACUUUGGAAAUUUUACUAUUAAAACAAUACAUUGAAAUUUAUAGUAUCUUAUAAAUCCACUAAUAAAUGAUGACUUAAUGAACACUAUGGUAAUACUCAUAAUAUAUAGUAAGCGAGGCUUCACGUGGCAAAAAGGUGAUUGGUAGUGUAUCCGACGUGUCAACCUAUGAUUUGCUAAAACUUCAGUUAGUUAAAUUUAACGGUCUGUGGAGAGAAGAGGAGGCGAGGAUGAAAACAUGCAGAGCAAGAGUCUGAAAAAAAUAGUGGUGGCUCUUUUCGCAUUCAACUCCAUCUCUCUCUACCUCUUCUUCUCCUUCCACCCCGACCACCGCUCACCCUUCAACACCCCCACCGCUUUGCCCUAUUCGCAGUCCCACCUCUCCCUCUCCUUAAAACCCUGGCCGAUUUUGCCCUCCUACCUCCCCUGGUCCCACAAUCCCCACACCAAAUUCAACUCUUGCGAAGCCUUUUUCGGAAACGGAUUCACUAAGGAAGGAGAACAAGUCCUUCUCGGCGGAGGAGGGUGGUUCCGAUGUUACUACAGCGACGCCUUGAAGACCUCCGUAUGCGAAGGGGGGAGAAUUCGGAUGAUCCCUGACAAAAUCGACAUGUCUCAUGGGGGUGAGAAAUUGGGGAGCGUGAUUGGGAGAAACGAAAGCGAGGAGUUGCCUAAUUUUCAAGAUGGGGCGUUUCAGAUUGAGGUGGCGGACAGAUCCAAAAUUGGGAAACAGAUGGUGGAUGAGGAGUUUUUGGAUAAAUUCUUUGAGAAAGGUGAAAUUCUUAGACAUACUGUGCGUGAGUUGAUCCGUUCGACCCGCUUAGUCGAUGCCGAUGAAUUUGCUUGCUCUAAGUGGAUUGAAGAGCCAGCAAUUUUAGUUACUCGAUUUGAAUAUGCAAACUUGUUUCACACAGUUACUGAGUGGUACAGUGCUUAUGUAGCCUCCAGGGUCACUGGCUUGCCUAAUCGACCCCAUUUGGUGUUUGUAGAUGGUCACUGUGAGGCUCCCUUACAAGAAACAUGGGCGGCAUUAUUUUCAAGCCUUACAUAUGCCAAGAAUUUCACUGGUCCAGUUUGUUUUCGACAUGCCAUUCUUGCCCCAUUAGGGUAUGAAACUGCUCUUUUUAAGGGAAUCACUCAGACUAUAGACUGUUAUGGAGUUUCUGCACAUGAUCUGUUGCAAAAUCCUAAUGAUAACAAGACUGCUCGGUUGUCAGAGUUUGGUGAGAUGAUAAUAGCUGCUUUUGGUUUUCCAGUGGAUAGACACCAUAUCCCUAAGCCAAACUCUGGCCACAAUAUCCUCUUUGUGCGACGUGAAGAUUAUAUGGCCCAUCCUCGUCAUGCUGGCAAGGUAGAAUCAAGGCUCAGCAAUGAACAAGAAGUGUUUGAUUCCAUAAAUAUCUGGGCAUCAAAUCAUUCCAAGUGUAGAUUAAAUGUUGUGAAUGGACUGUUUGCGCACAUGCCCAUGAAAGAGCAGGUUCGAGCCAUCCAAGAUGCUUCGGUUAUUGUUGGUGCUCAUGGAGCUGGUCUCACUCAUAUAGUAUAUGCUACCCCAAAUACAGUGAUCCUAGAGAUAAGUAACAAUGAUUACAGGGGAGGGGGGCAUUUUCAGCUGAUAGCACAGUGGAAAGGUUUGGGGUACCAUGCCAUUUUUCUAUCCGGAACAUAUGCACGAACUCCACGAGUAAUUAACAAACUGAGCAACAUUUUGAGUGGCCUUGGAUGCUGAAAGGCAAGUGUUUCUCUGAUUUUAUUGAAGAAGAAGUGUAAGAGUUUUUUACUCUACUGCUAAUGCACCAGUGCUCCUAAGUCUA